CGUCGGCUAAGAAGAGAAAGAGAGAAAAACGCCUCGGGUAAAAGGAGAGAGAGAGACAGCACUCUAAAGUAAAAGGAGUAACAGAGCAAACCGCCUCAGCUAAAAGGAGAAAGGGAGACAGCAGCAGAAACUAGAAGGAUUAAGGGAGAAAAAUGCAUCUGCCAAAAGGAGAAAGGAAGACAGCAGCAGAAACUAAAGGGAGUAAGGGAGAAAAAUACAUCUGCCAAAAGGUGUAAGAGAGACAAAUGCCCCGGGUGAAAGGAGUAAGAGAGAUAAAUACCUCAGGAACAUGGAGUAAGAGAGAAAACUCCCUCGCCUAACAAGAAUAAGAGAGAAAACGAACAACCCUUCGUCCCUCUCGUGUAAAAUCACCCCUCUCUCUCUCUCUCUCUUCUUUCAGCCCCACUUGUAAAUGUAGGGAGCACGAAACAGAGACGUGCGCUAUCCCUCUGUCGUUCUCCCCCCCCCUGAAAACGAGAGACCCUUUGCCAUUCCACCACCACCAGGAGCACUACCACCACCACUACCACCGAGAAAACUCACCAACACCUUCGAAACAACAUUUGUGCAUACAAUCGGCUCCCCCGCAGCGGGAUCGACACCCUCCUGUCUGUAGUUCACCACUACUGCUGUACGCUAGCUCACUGCCACUAUUGCUAUACUUGUACCACUACUACCAUCCACUACUACCACUACGAUUUCCACCACUACACUCACCACCACUCUUUGCAUAGACCGUGAGGGUGCACAGCCGCAGUAGAGGGGUGAGACGCAACAUUGGGGUACCGAGUGUCGAGAGAGCGCCACCGCUAAGCAGUCGCGCCCCAUUCCGCGUUAUUAGUGCCCAUCCCUGGCAAGGGCCACCACGGGGCCAGUUUACAAGGAUUUUUCUUCUUUUACUAUUUUCUUCUCUUCUCUUUCCUCCUACUCUCUCUCACUCUCUCUCUAAUUCUCUUUUCACCCUUCCCUUUCAAUCUUCAUUUCUAACAAUCACCAAAGAAAAAAACUAAUCCACAAGAAGAAAAUUCGCGAAUAUAACGAAAGUAGCGAAUAACCAAACGAAAAUCAAGUUUCCGUUACUUAACGAGGAAAAAAAGUGAAUGUAUUAUAGUUUGUCCAAUUGACACUUUUUUGAAAACAAAAAAAAAAAAUAGGGGGAAGGGCCAAAAGUAAAAAAAAAAUGGUGGCGGGAAUUGGGGAUAGUGUUCAGUGCCGAUGACGAUAUUCGAAGGGCGACCCUCGACCUGGGAGCCGGCCACGAGUUGUCAGUGGAAGUUACCCUUUAGUGUGAGGAAGCGUGCGAGACGUAGACGCCGGCGUCGAAGGCGCUCCUGUUGCUGAACGUACUGUUGCUGUCGUUCAUCCUGUUGCUGCGCUUGGUGUAUGCGCUGCCGCGUGACCUGAGUCUUCAACCCUCGAUUAUCAUCAACAUCAUUUAUUAUUACAACCACCAACUAUUAUUAGCAUUACUUUUAAAGUUUCGUUACUUUAAAACAUCAGCUUUUCUAAACAAGUACUUUAGAGCAUUGCUUAUCGGAUCGGUACUUUGAGGAAUCAUUGCAUUAAAAGAAGACCAGUACUUUGAAUCAUUACUUUAACAGAUCUUUGCUACAGAUCUUUGCUACUGGACCUACCAGUACUUUUAAUCAGUUCUUUAAAAGAUCUUUGCUACCAAAGAAGAUCAUUACUUUAACAGAUCGCUUCACAACCUUAUUGACAAGAAGUUCAGUAUUCAGAUCAUUGCUUUAAAGAUCGUUAAUAGAAGGAGAAAUCAUUUCUUUAAAAUCAUUAACAGAAAGAGGAAUCAUUUCUUUAAAAGUAACAGAAAGAGCAAAGAGAACAGAACAGAAGAGCAUCAACAGGAAAAGAAAUAAUUUCUUUAAAAGAGCAUUAAUGAGAAGAGGAAUCAUUUCUAAAGAGUAUUAACAGAGAGAGGAAUAAUUAUAGCAUCAACAGAAAAAAAAAUUAUUACAUUAGAGCAUCAGCAGAAAAAGAAAUCAUUACUUUAGAGCAUCAUUAAUAGAAACAGAAAUCAUUAAGUUCGGGGAGAGGAAAAAAUCAACGAUGCCUAGGUGUUUGAUGGCAAAGAAAUGGAAGGCGUAUCCGUGGCCGGACAGGGUCGAGGAUAGUGAGACAUUGGAUGAGGAAAUUGUUGCUGCGGAUGGUAUUGCUGCAUCAGUUGGGAGAGGUCUUAUUGGCGACCAGGUCAAUCUCCAGGAGAAGAGGGAUAGAAGUGAGACUGAGGAGGAGGAAAUCGAUGUUGUUGGCGAUGUUGAUAAUAAUCGACAAGGAACACAGACCUGUUGGAGCCCACAUAGUCCCACUGCUGGGGCCACUGCUCCCAGUCCUCCACCUCUAAAUGCAUCUGGUGCACUUUACUAUCAUGGUUACACGCACGAGGCCUGGAUCAAUCACGAGGAACCACCAAAGUACGCCACCCUUCGUUCAGCAGCCGAAUUGGCGAGGCCAGUGGCACCAUCACCACCACCACCGCCGCAACCUCCAGUUCAACCGUCACAUCAUUUGGAGCAUCAGAUCAAUUCAAAUCACCAAUCACUCACUCUACCACCAAGGAAAAGUCUCUCCAUGUGUUUCACCUCAACCGGCACCGCUCUCUCCCUACCGCCAAAAAAGAAGGACAUCUACCGACCCUACAGCCUUCAACCCUCCGAGAUCCGAACAUCUGCCGAAGAAGACCUCUCAGCAGCUCAAGCCAUCCUAGACCUCAGCGCCUCACCAGCUGCUCCCAAUCAUUCCGUUUUCAUUCACACAAUUCCAUCUGGCGUCCCUCCUCCUCCUAAUCUACCUUCUCCACCACCUUUACCACAAUCAUCCUCUCAAACCCCAAUUCCCGUAUCUGUCCUAGUCUCCCCUUGCGAGGGGCGAGCGCAUCUCCCGCAACAGGAGCGUCAUCACCACGAACCACUUCCCUCCCCCCCAUCGCCCAUCACCGACGACAACAGCAACUCCGGUUCAAACAAAACCGUCGCCUACACCUACGAGGCAUUCUUCGUCUCCGACGGUCGCUCGAAACGUCGCUCCAGCACCGCCGCCGUACCCGAGAAGGAACCCGAACAACCCGAGAAGCCAAAAUUCACCUGCACCGAAUGUGGCAAACAAUACGCCACCUCAUCCAACCUCUCCCGACACAAGCAAACCCAUCGCAGUCUCGACUCCCAAUCGGCAAAAAAAUGCAUCCACUGCGGCAAGGCCUACGUGAGCAUGCCCGCCCUAGCCAUGCACGUCCUCACUCACAAGUUAGCCCACAGCUGCGGCGUCUGCGGAAAAAUGUUCUCCCGUCCCUGGCUCCUCCAGGGCCAUCUCCGAAGUCACACCGGCGAGAAGCCCUACGGCUGUGCCCACUGCGGCAAGGCCUUCGCCGAUCGCUCCAACCUCCGUGCCCACAUGCAAACCCACUCGGCCGACAAGAACUACGAGUGCUCCCGCUGCCACAAAACAUUCGCCCUCAAGUCCUACCUAAACAAACACCUCGAAUCCGCCUGCCUCCGCGAAGACGACGUUCCACAACAACAACAAGUCUCCACCAAUCUACCCAACAAUCGUGGCUUGUAGCAGAAAGAAUUCGACCAAAGCUAGCAGGGACAACAACCACCAUCAUUCUGCCAAUACUCCCAAAUAUGGGAAAGGUUUGCCGUAGAUUAAUUAGAAAAGUGCCAGUAACCAAAAACCACUAGAACAGAUCCUUAAAAAAAACAAAAAGAUAAAACGUCCAGUAAUUUAAGCAUAAAACACAAAAAAAAGACAAAAAAAAAUUUGUCAAAAAACGAUUGACAAGUCUAGUCACUCUAGUCUAUAUACAAUAUAUCUAUACAUGAUAGUUUAUUAUGCCUAGUACGGUUUCUAGUCACGCGAUCCAAUUCCCGAAUCGUCGUAUGUGUUCGGUUAUUGGUUCAGUUUUCGAUUUUCAUUGUUAUGAUCCUAGGGAAAUUGAAUUUAAUCCAUUGUCUUGAUUACGAGUGGGACGAUUCAUUUCGAGAGAGCUAUGACAAACGUUCGUUUUCAUUCUAUGUAGACAAUCAUUCGGAACCUUUAUUUUUUCAAAUUGAAAUUUUCAAUUUGCAUUUACGGAAAUACAAAAAUGAAAAUCCUUCUUUUCAUGGGAAGAAUGUUAAAAUAAGUAUACAACGAAAGACAUAUAGUAAAAAUUGUAUUGAAUUUAAGAAAAGAGAGGAAGAAAUUUCAAGGAAACUAAUUCCUGAGUAACUGAGUUUGAUCAAUAAAUUUUAGUUUUAAAAAACAAUUCGAGAUUUUUAGUCAAUUUUCAAACUACUCUGCUAAUUGUUUAAUAAUCGUUUUUUACGUUUAGUAAUUAUUGAUGAAAUAAUAAUAACAAUUAAUAAUUAUUAAAAUUUACUUCUAUUAAAAAUUAAAAUUUCGUCGAAUCG